CAUUCAUUACAGCUUAAAGGCAUCGUUAAACCUUAAUGGACGUUUGUGCAUAAGUGUUAUAAAUCUAUAACAAAGGUUAACUCUACCUUUGUGUAUUAUUUAUUUUAUUUAAAUCGAUCUAUAAUUCACAGAGAAACCCGUGAACAUAUAUGAAAAAAUAUGGAACCUCCACCUUUUAAAUUUAGAAGUCGGUUAAAAAUAGCAUAAAGUUCUUUUUUACCCACAGACCCAAAAAAUCGUGGAGAUAUGAAAUUCACAAUCUGUUGGUUAUAAAAAACAUAUACAUCCACAAUUGCAUCCACAUAUCUACAUUUCUUAACUAAGGUAAUUCUAGCAGACCCACCGCGUAACUGAUUGAGAUCAGAUUCAUUCAAAAUAUAUCCAAGCAUUCCAUUCCAAAUGAUUUAAAUACGGAGUUAUAAUAGUGUUUACUAACGACGAGUAUAAGUUUUAAAAUAUUCCAAAAGCGUUUAUUGUUUUUAUUUUAUUUAUAAAAAGAAAAUUAAGUGGUAAAUUUAAUAUCAGCGCCCUCGAUAAAAAUCUAUACACAUUUAUGUGCUUUCCUGAAUUAUGACCUACCUCGUAGCGGAACAAAAUUGAGAAACUCGAGAAACCUAUAGUGAGAGCAUAUCUCGCUCUCGAUCCGUUUUUGAGUCUAUCGAGCGUUUCUUGAGUCUCUCGAGUUUGGCAUGCUCCCGGAAUCUUCUUCCCAUUUGUUCAUUAAAAUGUAUUUUUUUAGACGUCCUUUUUGGUCUUUCGCAGUAAAAUGAAUCACUCGCUGGAGAAUUCUCCGCUGAUACCCACCGACAUGACCAGAGAGAAGAUGGAGAAGUGGGUAGCAGCGCAACAGAAGGGAGAGAAAAUAGACAUUGACAUUUAUGGUAAACCCACAGAGAAACAAAUAAGAGAGUUGGAGAAUAUAAGAAAUUUGAGCAGGGAAUUACAGGAUAACUUACACGAGUUAGAAAAUUCGGUACGCAUAGCUGACGUGGAAAACCAAGCUAUGAAUCCAACGGCGCCCAUUUUGGAUUACUCUGAAGACCACGAAUUCGUAUCUGCCAACAAUUUGGACAAUUAUUAUGCUGAAGAAGACAAAGUUGACGCUAAAGAAGAGGAGAAGAGACGACUGACUAAGGAUGGACGAAUCAGUUUGAAGGCAAGUCGUGUCGUAGAAAAAGUUAUUCUGUAAAUUAUUGUAGUAUAUAUUUUAUGUACGGUGUUGUUUAUGCUUUAUAAAAAAUCGGUAAUUAAACCAGUGUUUAAUAUUUUCUGUUUUUUUUUUUAUUUAUAACUAUAAUAAACUAUGCUCUUAACUAUAAAAAGACCUCAGAGAUGGCAUCCUAGGAAAUGACCUUGAAAUCGGCGUGCG